ACCAAGUUUAAGAAAAAGCAAGGCAAAACCGAAAGAAAUGGCAAAGAACAUCAACUCAGUCAGCAUCACUGUUCUCUUGUUCGUCCUCUUUGUGGCUUCCACCGAAAUCCUCAAGAGCGAGGCUCAAACAUUUUGUUUCGAGUGCGGACCGGAGCCGUUCCUAGGUACAAAUGCUGAUUGCUUUAACUGUUGCAAAACCAAAUACGGGAGUCCUCCAGUCGUUAGUGGCGUUGUUGAGGGAAGUGAGAAACACUGUCAUUGCUAUUGUUGAUCCUUGAAAUAAC